UCUAUAUAGCACGUCUAGAUGCCGCGUAGCCCUAAAGUAAUAUAAUAUUUAUAAGGAAGAAAAACUCUCCAGGUUGAACCGAAAGGUGAUUCAUCCAGUGUCUUAUAUCUUUCAGUCAUUUGUAGAAAGCAAAGACAAAUACAGAAUUAGGACAACAGAAUAAAUGGAAUUUAUUGCAACGCUUCACUGUAGCUCUGAAGCCACGUGCGGCUUCACACCAGCUAACAUAGUCCGUUUAGAACAGAUGUUUCGGAACAACGUGGGAGACAAUGGAGAACUUGCCCUUGAACAGUUUAAAAAAAUUUUACAGUCCAAAAAUAGUUUUUUUGCUGAAAGAAUGUUCAGACUGUACGAUACCAGGAACGCUGGGAAAAUUUCUUUGGAUCAGUUUCUUACGGCAAUUCGGAACUUUGCUCGGAUGUCAUCGGAAGAGAAACUAAAACUAUUGUUCUCUGUGUACGAUGUAGACGGUGACGGCUUGAUACAGAUGAAAGACUUUCGCAAUGUCAUUCAUGCUUGUAUGGAAGAAAAUGGUUUAAAGUUUUCAGAAGAGCAAACAGAAGAUUUGACAAUGGCCCUAUUUAAAGAUGCAGACAUUGAUGGCAGUGGCAACAUUUCCUUUCAAAAUUUCAAAACACAACUGGAAAGUCAUCCAGGACUUGCCGAAAAUUUUUCGAUGACAAUCGACAGAUGGUUAAUACCAUCAUCCCAGACAUCACCACAGACAUUCUUAAAGUAUCAACUUCCCCGAAAACUAAGAUGGCGUUAUAUACGGAACAAUUAUGUUAGCGUACUUUUCUUGAUGGGCUUCCUAACAAUCAAUAUCGCCCUGUUCAUUUCUCGAUAUGUUGCUGUAAGUAACAUGAAAGACGAAAGUGGUGUUUUACUACAGCGAAUGUUGCAGGAAAAUUCUUUCUCAGCAGAAAAUAGCACUAAAGAGACACCUUCCGGAAUGCUUGGCCAACAUGUCAAUCAAACAGCACAGAUUCGCUCGAUUGGUUCCUGUAUUGAUGACGUAGACGAGCAGAAUUUGCCGUUUAAACACAUUUAUGAAGUUUUGGCUCGUGCUUGUGGUCACUGUCUUAAUUUCACGUGCAUGUUUGUGUUGUUACCUGUUUUGCGCCUUUCCUUGACAUGGCUUCGAACCCAUGGUUUCUCUCAAUACCUGCCUGUGGAUCACGGUGUUUAUUUUCAUAAAUUGACGGCCUGGUUUAUCAUAUUUUACAGCAUUUUUCACACAAUCAUGCACAUCUGUAACUUCGCUCGUGUCUCUGAAGGCGACUCUUCGCUGACAGUUUGGCUGCUAUUUACAACAGAAGUGGGGAUUGGCUGGGUGGGUGGAGCAGCUUGUCUAACUGGUUGGAUCCUCUUGGUCAUCCUGUUUGUCAUGUUUGUUUGUGCUCAGAAAUGCGUACGUCAGCGUGGCAUGUUCGAGGUAUUUCACUACAGUCACAAAUUAUACAUUGUCUUCUGGUUGGUGCUCAUUCUUCACGGUCCGAAUUUCUUAAAGUGGUUCAUAGGUCCUGCAUUGAUCUUCGUCGUGGAAAUGACUUGUAAAAUGCGAAUGGUCUACACUAAACAAGGCCAAACGUGCGUGCUCAGCGGCACGCUCUUACCCUCUAAGGUUAUUCAGCUUGUUGUUAAACGACCUCGUCAUUUUGAAUUCUGUCCUGGCGACUACGUUUUCAUCCGAAUUCCAGUCAUUGCCCAGUUUGAAUGGCAUCCAUUCACAAUUAGUAGCGCUCCAGAACUAGAAGACGUCAUUACUUUGCACAUCAGAGCAGUAGGAGAGUGGACUAAUCGUCUUUGGACUUACUUUGAUAAACAACAGAUGACAGAAACGUCACAAUUCACUCAGUCGUCAAAUAAGGACCACUCCUGUAAUACAGGUUAUUUAGACAAAUCUUAUCGAGUAAAAGGGACAACUUCAAGAGUAGAAAAGGAAAAAUAUCCCCUAUCACGUAUAAGAUCGUCAAACUACUGUACAAAUGAUGAUGAACCACAAAGGCUUUGUGGCCCUCCAUCAAGCUCUAACUAUGGUGACCUUGAUAUGAAAAUUAAGUUUAAUUGUAAUACUGUUGGUGAGAGCUCUCGGUUUGAUAAACAACGAUCAGUAAUUUCUGAAGAGAAUCAAGAAAUAUUGAGCAAGGAGACAAACCGUUAUUUAGGCAAAACUGAGAGUCAACGUCUUCAAUCAAUUCAAACAAAAAGAAAUCCUUUACUCUAUAAUUCCGUAAUCGUACUUCCGUCCAGGGGAUCCGGAUUCCGUAAAAUACUUCCAACUGUGCGCCUUCCCGAAAUAAUUUCUGAUGAAAGAGAUGAAGAAAACAGGUUCACUUCACCUCCUCCCCCAUCUACCUAUUCUUCACUAGAAGAAUCAACCGAAUUGGGAAAACUUGCGCUGUCUAGUGAGGGCCUUAGGGUCUUCGUCGAAGGGCCAUACGGUUCUCCAACUCGGCAUAUCUUCAGAGCUGAACACGCCGUGUUGAUCGCUACUGGCAUUGGCGUAACCCCCUUUGCAAGCAUCCUACAAAGCAUCAUGGUGAGGUACCAACACGAAAGAAUGUCUUGCCCUUCUUGCUGUUACCAGUGGUUGGAUAAACCUCCACAAUCCAUCUUCAGCUUGAGAAAGGUGGACUUCAUUUGGAUCAAUCGAAACCAACAGGCAUUUGAAUGGUUUGUCAAUCUUCUUAGUGAGCUCGAAAUUCAACAAACUGAAUUUGGAGAUAUCAUGGAGCGUUUCUUAGAUGUUCACAUGUACGUUACUUCAGCUCUCUGCAAGACUGAUAUUCGGGCUUUAGGUCUUCAACUGGCCUUAGAGUUAAUGCACGAAAAGGAGAAGAGAUGCCUUAUUACGGGCUUAAAAACAAGAACCCAACCAGGCAGGCCCAACUGGGAUAUGGUUUUCAGGAGUAUUGCUGAACAAUGUAAAGGAAGAGUGACAGUGUUUUUCUGUGGACCUCCUCAACUUGCAAGAACCCUUCACACUAAGUGUAACAAGUAUGGAUUCACAUUCCGAAAAGAAGUUUUUUAAAGUUUGAAAUGAGUCAUCAGUUGAUGUCAACAUUUAUGUUAACAAAAACAUGGUUUUCAGUGCCCUCUCACAACCUGGGAGAAGAACAGUAUUAGAUAGAACUAAAUAUACCAAGCACGACUCUCUUAAUAGUACACCAUGAACCAGCUGUUGCUCAAAGAAAAAAAAAUCAUUGGAAUCCUUUUUGUCUCUAACUUCACUGAUCAGUGACAUCAGAUUUCAUAAUGUCAUGGGAUCAAUACUUGCUAAAUACAACAUAUAACAAGGUUUUUAUCUAUAGAUGCCAAAUUUUAUACAUACAAACACCCACAUACCCAUAUAUAUAUAAAAAGACCACUGUCUGUCAAUUUUGAGCAUAUUUGUUGUAAAGACUAACAUUUGGACAUUAAUUAUAUUUAAAUUUUAGUACUCCUUCAUCCUAUGACAGUAUAAAUUUAUGAAAUUAAUUCAUUUCAAUAGUGAUCACGAGUACUUGAGAUAAUGUUAUUAUAACGAUAUUGUAAACAUAUAUAAUCAGUUUACAUCUACUCACUACAUUUCAUAUCUCAUUGCAUUUGUAUCCUGUAUACAAAUUUUGCCUCAUAAGAUAAUGCUUUUUGUGUCUAACAUCACUGAACAGUGACAUCAAGCUUUGUAUACAGUUGGGUAAAAAAAACACUUUUAUUACAAUUACCUAUUUUUAGUUGUAUGCCCCUUUAGUUUUGAGUUAGAUUAUUUUACAGUAUAGACGAAUUACAAGAAUCCACGUUAAAAAAAUGUGAGCCUCUCAUGCAUACUACACAAGUCUAAGUUUACACUAACAGCUAUUAAUGUCCAUAGUAUACCCUAGAUCUCUGAAACCAAACAGUUUUAUAUUUACAAAUACCCUUUAUUUAGUGAAUCAAUUCUGAAAGCCCCUUUUGAUAAAGUGACAUCUUGGAUGUUAUACUGAAAACACCUAUCUGAAAUUAAAUAGAAAAUUUCUAAAAAUAGGAAAGCAAAAAGAAUGGCAUUUUCUUAACUGUGUGUUAAGUGACUGCUAAUCAAGAUUUUUAUUUAUUGUUGCCUAUUGCAAUUUUUUCUUUUACAUAUAAUGUUAGGAUGACACCAUAAAUACAAAACCACAUGAAACUGUAAUUAAUUUUCUAUCACUGCACAAUCAUUAACAAACAACAUACAUGAGCAACAAGGCAAAUGAAACAUACCACAGUAAACAGUUGAGUGAAAAAACAAUUUUAUUUCACUCACAAUGAAAAUGUGUAAAUUUACAACAUACUGCUUCAAAGAGUUAACACCAAAUUGACUCACAAAAUUAAAAACGAGUUCAUAACACUAUAUCCUGUUUGCUUUUUUAAUUACAUCUUAAUUGUUACACUGUUUUCUAUAUAGAUUUUAAAAAUGUUUUGCUUUAAAAAUUCUUUUCCUAGUCAUACAGCAGUCAAUACAAAAUUGACUAUACUUAUUAGGCCAAAUUUUCUAAGAAAAGUCCUAUUAAAAGCAAUCCCUGAGUUCAAUUUAAUCAAAACAUAAAAAACAGUAAAUUGAUCUUUAAACUUUUUUCACUUAUUAUUUAUUUGAUUUUAAGAAUUGAGUAUUGUAUAAUAUUCUUUCAAUGGUUUCUAAGUGUUCACAAUAUAUUUUUCUUUACAAGUUAAUUAUUCCAAAGUAAAAAUCUAGUUUUGGAGAUGUUUCAGACUCUUUGCUAAGUUCUUCAUCAGGUCUGAGAGGUUAAUUGAUAAAGAUUCUGCAAAAGGCAGUAGCAUGACCCUUAGGGAAAGUUAAAAAAGAGUGUUAAUACCUGAUUCGGUGUAAGUGUUGCUUCAAUUUGUUUUUUAGAAAUUUAAUAAAUGGGGUAGUGCUGCCCUGAAAAGGAGUUUCAAUACUGUCAUACUAUUAAGUUCUGAUUAAGCCUAAAUAUGUGUCCUUAUCUAGUCUCUCUCCCUUUUUUUAAUAAAAUAAAUUUCUACCUACUGAUGAUACUUGCAACCUCAAUAUGUACAACAAGAACUUUGAAUCCAUUCAACAAACCUUACAGUAUACAAUGGCUAUCCUAAGAAAUUCAUCAGAGAAUCACCCAAUAAACUGAUGAACAAACCACCACCAUUCCAAUCCUUUUUCUUGCAGGGCCUCUGCUACAGACUCGAGGGAAUUUGACAGAAAUUUAAUGUUAAUUUCAAAAUUCAACAAGACAAUGAAGAAUAUCCCCACCACAGUUAAAUAACCUGAUGACUCUAAAAAAACCACAGUUAUACUCUACCACUGUGGUAAAAUAUACAAUGGAGAAAUUGAAAGAACCAUCAAAGGCAAAAAGAAUAUGCAUAUACAACACAAUUUCUAUACCCAGAUAAAUUAGCCAUGACUUCCAUACAACACAGAACACCAAUUGCAAUGGAAAAUAUGAUAUUCUGGACAAUGAAAAACAUUGAAAA